GUUGCAGCGCAAAAUUAUAUGACUACAUACCCAGGCUCAGCCGCCGUCCUGCGCGUAUGUACAAUUGUAAAUUUUGCAUAGCGCGUCGUACACUUGUUAUAUCUGUAAUAAUUAUCCUCUCGAAUGUACAAUCCUUCGCCAGGCCCAUUUUUUUAAGUGCCCACUGAAGGUAUGCGAAAAGGGGCAUUUUGAAGCGGGUGACAUUUGCGUAAAAAGGGGGAGGACUUAACAGGGGAAACAGAGAAGGGGAGAGCAAGCCGCACGUUCAAAUUCAAGCUUAAGCUGUAACUGCAAGCCAAGUUUGCUUCCCCACUCGCCCAAACUUCCCUCGUCACACUGUGCCAUAGCGCUUUUGUCCGCCCGAGCCAAUGUUACAAAGAAUUGCUACGAAUAGUCCAUAAAGGCGAUCACAACAAGCCAAAAAAGGAAAAAACGCCCCAUUGAACGGAACAGCUUCCCGACGAACGUUGCUCAUCCCGCUUCUCCAACCGCACGGACAUCGCAAAAAUGUUCUUUAACAACAACAAUGGUAGUAACAACAAUAAUGAGGAUAAGAACAACCUAUUCGGAAAGAGCAACGCGCUGAAUAACAAUGGGCAGAAUGCAAGCGCGCCGAACAUGUGGAGCAUGCCCAACAACAAUUUGGGCAACUCCAACUUUUUUGGCAACAACUUAGCAGGUCAAAAUGCCUUAAACCAAAGCAGCACCAAUAGCAGUAUGAAUAGCAUGGGAAAUGUAGGCAACGUGGGCAACGUGAACAGCAUGGGUAGCGGCGGACUCUUCAACAGCAGCAUGAAUGGCCAGACAAAUCUACUAAAAAAUAACAGCUUCUUCGGCGGUAACGCCAUGAGCAAUCAGGACGGCGCGAACAAAAGCAGUAACCUUUUUGGGAAUACCCUCAACGCACAGGAUAACUUGAACAAGGGGAAUUCCAUGUUUUCAAACAAUCCCAACGAUUUAAAUAAAAAUAAUAGCCUGUUCGGAAGCACCACUUCCAGCCCUAGUGCGAACACAUCCGCGAAUGCUUUUAAUCAAAAUUUGUUUAGUGCGGCGAAGAAAGAUGUGUAUCCCGGUUUCACGAGGAGCCUGGUAGGAAAUACCCCCAGUAGUGGCUCCAGUAUGUUCAAACAAAGUACCCUAGGAAGCUCCAUUGCGUUAGGAAGUCAACUGAAUGAUGACCGCAGCACAGAAGGUGGAGGUCUAUUCUCAAAGGAACAAUUAGAAGCAGCCAAACAAAUCUUCGCCAAUUCGUCGAAUGCAAAUUCGUUAGGCGGUUUCAGUAACAACAAACCAAAUAACAACAAUAACAAAUUAACAUUUAGUGGAGGAUUUUCAUCCAGUUCAAGUGCUUUUGCAAAAAAUAAUAUAAACCCAUUUCAGAGUAUGGCCCUACAAGCCACUUCACAGGGUGAUAAAUCCCCCACCUCACCUAUGAUGAAUAAUAACAACACAACCAAGUCCUUCUUUGCUAGUGCUAACAUGAAUAAUAACAAUGAAGGGAAGAUAAACCCUUUCGGCAUGUCCUCCAUGGGCACCCUUGGGUCAGCAAAUAAAAUGAACACAUUCGACGAGUUUAACAAAGGCAUGAAACCAUUUAAUCAAAAUGAAGGUGGUUUAUUUGGUACGAAAAAUAACGCUAACAGCAGCACGUCUCCUCCACUCCUUAACAAUUUUAAUAUCUCCUUCAGUUCAUUUUCUAAGACAAACACAAGUGACAUUUUCAAAUCGAAUAACAACACGGGUACUACUCCCUUUUUUUCGUCCUUCAACAAAACGACCAACAAUGAAAAUCCCUUUUCAUCCAAUUCGUUUAAAUCGUCUGGGGAAGUCAAGUCAAGUGAAAAUUCUUUCCUCUUUAACAACUCCAGCAGUAGCAGUAAUCUGCCCCAAACGAAUACCUUCUCAAAUAGCUUUUCCCUCUUUGCGAAUAAUCAGAGUGCCAAAGGCACCACAACGGGGAAUGAAAAUAAAGACAGUUCCCCUAAUAACCUUUUAACGAGUAAACCCGUUGACGGGUCAACCAAUGUGAAUAAAACCCCCGAGGAACAGAACAAAGGAGAGAAACCAAAUGACCAGCCUGGAACUACUACCCAGAAGGAAGUUCCCCAAACGGGCCAACCAUGUCAGUCGAACCAGAGCGGUGCUGAUAAACCAGUCGAGACCGAAAAUGAAAAAGUGCAAAAGGAAACGCCCAAAGAGAAAACACAAUCAGAAGAGAACAAACUGGAUGAAGCAAAAAUAGCGACAGAAUCGUUGGAACAGAGUAAAUCCGUCGCCGUGGAAAAAGACAAUGCAAAAGAUGAAAAGAAAAAUACGCAGAACGAGCAAAUGGAUUCCUCAAAUAAGGAUGAAAAAACGGAGAAGACGGAGAAGACGAAGGAUAGCACCCCCGGUCUCCUCAAAAGUAACUCUCUCUUCGGUUCUUCCAUCUUCAAAAGUGACACAAAGGAAAGUGCACCAGGGGCCACCAGUUUGGAAAAGAGCGAUCAGAAUAAAACCGCCACGUCCAACUUCGUGUUCAGUUCUGCCGCGAAAAGCGAGACCAACGAAAAGGGGGCCUCCGAACAAAAGGGCCAAAUAGCCAAACCGGACGAAAAUCCUGAAAAGGGUGAAAAUGGUGAAACGAGCGAAAAGGCCAAAAAGGACGAAAAGGAAGAAGCCAAAAAUGAACAACAACACACAGUGUCCAGUUCUAAGGAAGCCCCACCAAGUGACCAAAAAGCGAGUGAAAUAAAUUUCAACCUAAAGGAUAAACCUGUCCAGAGUGACCAAAAAAGUGAGCAGAAAGAGGACAACAAAAAGCCGGCCGAUGAAGAACAGAAGGGGAAGGAACCCGCCAGUGCCCCUAAACCGUCCAUUUUCAAUUUUAACAUUUCGUCCAUCCACGGAUCGAGCGAAUCGAAGGAACAGAAGGACAAAACGGAUGAAGAAGGCAAAUCCGAGGUUAAGAAAGCUCCAGAUAGCGAUGCCGCCGCCAUGGGCGCAACUGAGAAAACGAGCGAAUCGAAAGCGGAUGACAAGAAAAAAUUCUGGUCCUUUUCCUUCACCAAGAAGAAGGAAACGAAGGAUCAGACGGAGCCGAAUGACCUCGGGGAAAAGAGCAAAUCGGGCGACUUCACAAAAUUGGGUGAAUUCCCCAAGCCGGGAGAGUUCCCCAAAUCGGGUGGGUUCAAAUUUGGCGAGUUCUCCAAACCAAGUGACCCCGCGAAGCCGAAGGACAUGUUCGACGGCGCUAAUAGGCUAUCCAGUUUUGGCCUAGGGCAGAACUCCCUUUUUGGCGAUGUGAACAAGAAAAAUGAACUCAAAAAUGAAGACCCUCAAAAGGGGAGCAGCGGUGUCGGCUUUCCAAAUUCUUCGUCCCUUUUUGGAAAGGCCUUCCAACCAGAGAGCGGCAAAGGUGGUUUCUUCUCCGGAGGGGCGGAAAAGAAUAAUAACUUUGGCAGCGGAAUUAACAGUAGUAGUAGUGCCAACCCCUUCUUCUCGACAAAGGUGAACUCGUCCAUGUUUGCACCCUCCUUCGGAAACGCAAAAAUCGAAACGCAAAACAAGCCCCAAAUGUUUGGGCAAAAAGAAGAUGAAGACGUGGACAAGGUAGGAAAUAUGAUAAAUUUCAUGUCGCUAGAAAAUCGAAAAAAAAAUGUGUACCUAAGUAACCAUUUAGAGCAUGAGGAGAAAAAUACAGAAAAAAAAGAAGUUAAACAACCUGAAAAUAUAAAUCAAGUGAGUGAAAACAAAACGGUAGAUAACCAGCAGCAAUAUGCGUUUAAUUUCCAACUAAAGGAAACCAAGGGGACCCUUCGAAAUAAUGAAAAUACCAAAGAAAUGAAUUUUGAAGACUUCCCAUUUUUAUCUGAACAAAAUGCCAGAAUGCAAAUGCUAAAGCUACAAAUGGAGCAACAAAAACAGCUAGAAAAAGACAGAAAGAAUGUCGAAAAAAAUAUAAGACAAAGUGAAUCGUGCUUUAAGAAGGACCUGGACAAAGAAAUGAUAAUCGACGUCAUCAGUAACCUCUCCUCCUUUGUUAAAAAUAAAAUCAAUUUUAUGAAUUAUUGUUCAAAUGAAAUUUUGGACAUAUAUAACAAAGUGGCUCAUUACGAUAAAAUGUAUUCACUCAUAUUGGAAGACCAAAUUAAAAUUGAAAAAAAACAAGAGUCGCUAGAAAAAAGACUAAGACUUAUAGAGAGUGAACAAUGCGAUAUGCUGUCCCUCCUCAACGAAUUAGAUAAUGAAAAUUCCCUAGGGUUUUUAAAAAUCCUGAAUGAAAAAAAUGUAAACAAAGAUGAGAUUAUCAAUAGUAAAAACCUCCAUCUGGACAUCGAGAAUUUUGAAAAGCUGGUGGAAAAAAUGUCUGGCUUGGAGGAGUUAAUGAAUUCUCUCCACACCAUGGGAAAGGACGAUUUUGUGAAUGACAUUAUUAACAAAUGCUACGCCAACGAUUUGAAUUGCGAAGCCAUUGAGAAGCAGCUCAACGGUGCGUCCAGCGAGUUGCGAAAUAUGAAGUGACCCCGCCAUAUGGGGGAGGAAGUCCAACAAGGGGAUCAUUUUGCAGGCGAGAAACGCUUCUUUUUUUUACAUACGUGUUUGCCUGCCCAAUUUGCACACCUAUUUAUUAUAACCUCGUUGCGUUAUUGCCUUAUUUUACCAAAGCAGAACAACCCCCUGUGUUUAAUUCCACCAUUUUGUUUCGUCUCUUUACAUCGCUUUAUCGCAUCUCUCUUUUGAGAGGGGAAAAAAAAACGCCUUCAAAAGGGGCCACACCCCAAUAGGCAUUAGUAUAAACUCUUCCAAUUAUUAUAACCCCC